AUAUACAAUAUAACGUGCGCAUGUGUUUCUUUUGAUUUGGAGGAGGGGUCGUGCCUUUUCAGUGUCAAGUUGGGCAAAUAUUGUUACGAUGACGUUGGUGUGUCUGUACAUCCUAGUGUUAUUAACAAUACAAACUGUGAAAGCUGUAAACCUGGCUGCUGGUAAACCGGCCACUCAGAGUUCGGCCCACAGGGUGCACACGACCGCGGACAAGGCCGUGGACGGAAAUGCGGACAAGGCGUACUCCCAUGGGUCGUGCUCGCACACCAACUGCCAGGACCGCGCGCCGUGGUGGAUGGUGGAUCUCGGCAAGGUGUAUCUCAUCAAGUCCGUCACAAUCGCCGUCGCAGAUAGUGCCAGCGGGCGGAUGAGAAACUUCCGGAUCGAGUUGUACAAUAAGCACCCCAACAAGGGCGGUAUGGCCAAGUUGUGUGCGUCACAGGGUCCGGCAGCUCUAGCUCACGGCAAGGACAGAACAUUCACGUGCUCGCGCCCCACCAGAGGGCGUUUCGUGAAAAUAUCGAAGAAAUUCACCAGUCACUGCGACGCUCUCAUCCUGUGCGAAGUGAUGGUCAACGGCGAGGAAGUAGUUAACUGUCCUUUCAGUUUUGUGAGACAUGGUCGGUCAUGCUACUUCUAUUCGGAGCACAAAGCUGGGAAUUGGUUCCAGGCUCGAGAUAUAUGCAGAGCGUUAGGUGCCGACCUGGCAAUUGCGGACAACAAAGAGAAAGUGAAGUUUUUCAAAUCUGCUCUUAAAUCGCUGGGGGCAUUAGGAGGUCGCAUAUACUACCUAGGCGGCCAUGCGUUCAGUGGGCAGGCCUUCCGCUGGCUGGACUCGAACGCGCUUUCCAUGGGGGUAUUCGACGACUGGGACAAAGCCACGAACCCCAAGGACCCGGAGCCGAACAUAGAAGACGAACUGUGUUUUGGUAUGCACAGGGAACACUACUACACCUGGCACAACAUCCACUGCUCCAGACGGGAACAGUUCAUCUGCGAAAAAAGCCCCAUGUGGCCUAGGCCUUAAAGAUGCACUCUCGAUAAUAUUUUUAUUAUUAGUUACUAUCAGUCUAACCUGAGAAGACUAUAGGUUUCUUCUCCGUUCUUCUGUCUGUCUGUCUGUCUGUCUGUUCGUCCGUCUGUCCUAAAUAUAGUUUUCCGGAUGCUUUUCUCCCACAAUGCCUUGAGGUAUUGUUACAGAUCAAGUUUGACUUUCAUAGCGACUUUCAAUGCCUCAAAAUAUUGAGUUGAAAUUUUUUGAAUAGUUUUAUUAUGAUCUGUUACAGAUCAAGUUUAAGAUUUAUGGUGAUUUACUAUGUUUUACAGAGUUAUGGCCCUUGAACUUAGGAGACACGGAAAUUAGUUUUCCGGAAUUUUGUUUUUCAAUGAUUAAAAAUAUUGAGCAAAA